UUAAACGCUGAACUUUGGUCGUUGCUUUCGUUUGUGUCAGAACUGCUGCUUGAAUCAUAAUCAGCUGUCAAUGUUAACGUGUAGCUGUGUCAGAGGCACGCAGAGAACAUGUCAGAUACUCGGACCAAGUUUAAAUACAACUGCUGGGACUUCUUGUUCACUUGUGUGGGCCUGCCGCUGUUCAUAUUUGACGUCGUUUUGGAUGUACUGGCUGCUGUGUCCUUUUAUAAGGAAAGGGCCUACGUGUACCUCGGUGUGCUGGUGCUGUUUCUCCUGGGCUCGUCGCUGCUCACUCAGGCUUACAGCUGGCUUUGGUACAGCUAUGACGAGUUUGAGAGGAAGACAAAGGUCGAGAAGCUGCCGUCCCCGAGGCAGCUCAAGCUGCUCCACGUAUUUCAGCUGGGAAUCUACUUCAGGCAUGCAGGAGUCCUGGAAAUGGCCGUGCAAAGCUUCUACAAGAAGAUCCCCGACCCUGAGAAUGGUGCCAGCCGACAUACGGGUUCCUCUGCAGAUGAACAGGAGCCUGAUUCCGAGAGCAUAGCCGUGUCAUUGAACCACGAUCUGAGCAUGUUACGAAUCAUAGAGACGUUUGCAGAGAGCGCCCCGCAGCUCACGCUCAUGCUCACCAUCAUUCUGCAGCAGGGCUAUCCAGAUCUUAUUACAGUGUUGAAGGCCGUCGGCUCGGCCUCGGCUAUCGCCUUCACUGUGACGACCUAUCAUCGCUCCCUGCGCUCUUUCCUGCCUGACAAGAAGAAGCAGAACAUAACCUCAUCAGUCAUCUACUUCACCUGGAACCUGGUUCUCAUCUCUUCUCGUCUCACUGCACUCGCUCUUUUCGCCUCCGUGCUGCCCUGCUUCAUCUUCACCCACUUCAUCUGCUCUUGGCUGGUUUUAUUCUUCUUCGCUUGGCGAUCCAAGACAGAGUUCAUGGAAAGUCCUUGUGGAGAAUGGCUUUAUCGAGCUACUGUUGGCCUCAUUUGGUAUUUCGACUGGUUUAAUGUGGCCGAGGGGAAGACGCGGUACAGGACUGUGCUCUAUCACGGGUAUAUGCUGACUGAUAUUUGCAUCCUCUGUGCCGUGUGGUGCUGGAAGAUGAGCACAGAUCCUCCUGAUUUUGUGAUAGAGCCCAUGCACGCUUUAAUCAUAGCUGUCUGUGUUGUUGUGGUUUACAUCCUCGGUCUAAUACUCAAAGUUAUUUAUUAUAAGUUCUUCCACCCAAACCUUGACAGCGAUGAGCAGCAAUCUGUAGAUGAGGUGGACUUCCGCAUGAUGAGCUCUGCAACAGAAGUCUCAGCACACUACAAUAAAAGAAUGAGGAAGCUGGCCAAGAAUUUCUACUCAUGACCUGCAUCAUUUGACAUCCACAGGAUGUGGAGGCUACAAAGAGACUCAGUCAUGCAGAUGUCAUGAAACCAGCUACUUUUUAAAGCUAGAUCAUAAAGGCUGUGUGAUAUUGUGGAUCACCUGCUUCCUAACCAAUCACUCAUACAUUCUCACAUGGCAUUACUCAACUUAGUUUGGAGACAAAUUCUUAAAAGCACUUUCUGCUCUUCAUUAAGUGGUGCUACCAUCUAACAAAACAUUUCUAGACAUCAGUCUUUUGUUUUCCUUUAAAAGGACAGGCUUUCAGGUCAGUAACAUGCAUGUUUGAAACUGUUAUGGAGAUCUUUUUGAAAUAUUAUUGCACUGCUUUUUAAAAAAAAAAUAAAUUUUUUUUAUUUUUCUGAAGAAUAUAACGGUGUAAAAAAACUAAUUUAAAAAAUAUAUUUUCUUUAUUAUAACAAAGCAAUAUUCUAACAAUGUUGCACUAUUGUAAACUGUACUUUACUCAAGUCUAAAGUACAAAUGUUCUGUUUUACAGAAUUAAUGAGUUGCCUUAAAAUCCCCAGACAGCCUCCAUGGACCUGAAAUCUUGAUUUCUUGAGCAAUAGAGCACCUCUCUCUCCUAAUACAGAUUUAUUCUGGUUUAGAUUUGAAACAUGUGAUAAGGCUGCCAUUUUUUUUGAAUAAUAUAGAUGGCUCAGUGUCAGACUGUUUUUCUACAGUGUUUGCCAAGAUCACUUGGACUGAUGUGGAUAUAACACAACGCAUCUAAAAUACGUUAAGGCUGCUACAUGGUGAAAAGAUGCCAAUGCCUUCCGUUUGACUCCCAGUGUUGAUGACCUUUACAAUCAAUAAUGUAAUUUUUUAUUUUUUAUGUUAAGCAAACUUGGAUUUAAAAAGGUGUAUGAAGCUACAAAACAUAUUUAUGUCACAUAGUGCCUACUUAAGUUUGUUUGAUGUGUUUAAGUUAAUUUAUUAAUCUAUUGUAACAGAAUUCCCAACUUUGGGAUAAAGUAUAUUUUGUCUAAGAUUAUUAUUAUUAUUAUUAUUAUUAUUAUUAUUAUUAGUUUUAAUGGAAAUAAAUCCUUGUAUGACAUGACUAUUCUGCAGUGGGUUAUUUAUGAUUAUGUGGUCAAUUAUUUAUUUUUUUAAAUGGCUGAAAAACAUAUAAUAUUAGCUUUAGAGCUAUAUGAAACAAUAGUUUAAAGCUUUGUCGGUCACUUUCAGUUCUGUGUGCAAAUGAAUCCAAACAAAAGGAGACAAAUGUUAUUAUAAA